AUGGCAGGAGCUUUGGAAAACGCGCGCAAGGAAAUCAAGCGAAUCUCUUUGGAGGACCACAAUGAGAACGAAUACGGGCAGAUAUACUCCGUGUCCGGCCCGGUGGUCGUGGCGGAGAACAUGGUUGGAUGCGCGAUGUACGAGCUUGUGAAGGUGGGCCACCACAACCUGGUUGGGGAGGUGAUCCGGCUGGACGGCGACAAGGCGACGAUCCAGGUGUACGAGGAGACGGCGGGCGUGACGGUCGGCGAUCCUGUGCUGCGGACGGGCAAGCCGCUGUCGGUGGAGUUGGGUCCGGGGUUGAUGGAGACCAUCUACGACGGGAUCCAGCGGCCGCUGAAGGCGAUCAAAGAGCAGUCGCAGUCGAUCUACAUCCCGCGCGGCGUCGACGCACCAGCGUUGAGCCGCGAGGUGAAGUGGGCGUUCAAGCCGGGCAAGCUGGGCGUUGGCGACCACAUAUCCGGCGGCGAUAUUUUUGGGUCGAUCUUUGAGAACUCUCUCUUAGAGGACCACAAGAUCCUGCUUCCACCGCGGGCUCGGGGGACCAUUACGUGGAUUGCACCUGCAGGCGAAUACACUGUCGACGAAACGGUACUGGAGGUGGAGUUCGACGGCAAAAAGUACUCAUACUCCAUGUUCCACACAUGGCCCGUGCGUGUGCCAAGGCCUGUAACCGAAAAGUUGUCUGCCGACUACCCGCUAUUGACGGGGCAAAGAGUGCUUGAUUCACUGUUCCCAUGUGUCCAGGGCGGUACCACCUGUAUUCCCGGUGCGUUUGGGUGCGGAAAGACUGUCAUUUCCCAGUCCCUAUCCAAAUACUCCAACUCGGACGCCAUUAUCUAUGUCGGGUGUGGUGAGCGUGGUAAUGAGAUGGCGGAAGUGUUGAUGGAGUUCCCCGAGCUAUUCACUGAGGUCAAUGGUAGAAAGGAGCCUAUUAUGAAACGUACCACUCUGGUGGCUAACACUUCUAACAUGCCUGUGGCUGCCAGAGAGGCUUCGAUUUACACUGGUAUUACUCUGGCCGAGUAUUUCAGAGACCAAGGUAAGAACGUCUCCAUGAUUGCAGACUCCUCGUCCAGAUGGGCCGAGGCAUUGAGAGAAAUUUCGGGGCGUCUUGGGGAGAUGCCUGCCGACCAGGGUUUCCCGGCCUAUCUCGGCGCCAAGCUAGCCUCCUUCUAUGAAAGAGCAGGGAAGGCGGUUGCACUGGGCUCUCCCGACAGAGUCGGUUCGGUUUCUAUCGUCGCAGCUGUCUCGCCAGCUGGCGGUGACUUCUCGGACCCUGUCACUACUUCGACCUUGGGUAUUACUCAGGUGUUUUGGGGUUUGGACAAAAAGCUUGCCCAGAGAAAGCAUUUCCCUUCGAUCAACACGUCUGUCUCGUACUCGAAGUACACCAACGUCCUAAACAAAUACUAUGAUAGCAAUUACCCCGAGUUCCCAGUCCUGAGAGACCGUAUCAAGGAGAUCCUCUCCAACGCCGAGGAAUUGGAGCAAGUUGUUCAGCUGGUCGGUAAGUCCGCGCUCUCUGACAAAGACAAGAUCGUACUGGAUGUCGCGACGCUAAUCAAAGAAGACUUCUUGCAGCAGAACGGUUACUCGACCUACGACGCAUUCUGCCCCAUCUGGAAGACCUACGAUAUGAUGAAAGCGUUUGUGUCCUACUUCGACGAGGCACAAAAGAGCGUGUCCAACGGCGCCAACUGGGCCGUGCUGUCGGAGGCAACCGGCGACGUGAAACACGCCGUUUCGUCCUCCAAGUUCUUCGAGCCCAGCCGCGGCGAGCGCGAGGUCCACGCAGAGUUCGAAAAGCUCUUUGCUUCCAUCCAGGAACGCUUCGCCGAGUCCACCGACUGA